GUGGCCUACACAUAACGUAUCUUUUCUGCCCUUCCUUUUUUCGGUAAAAAUCUUUUCUACUCUCUGUAAUCUGUAUGUUGCGUAAGGUAAAAAAAAUGAAGGAAGGAUGAUGCAACAUAUUGCCGUUCGGUGGGGCCAAGCAUCCCUCCAGCCGUCCGUUCCUCACCGUACGUCUUUUAACCUCCCUCUGCCUCAUCCUUUCGUACACUCAGUCACCACCACCUCUGUUGCUUCAUUUACUGCAACGUCUAGUAAUGAGUAACCCCUCUGCUUGCUUCUAGCUGCAACAUAUCAGAAGCAUUCCCACAGUAAAAAUUAAGCAAACAGCUCAACUACUGUCCGCUCCAGCGUAGUUCUAGUCUCUGUAUUUGCAUGGCUACGGCAGAUCUUGAACCACCGCUUGUAAUUAACAAUCAAAACCAACUACCACCGCUGCAACAACACCACCAAGAAGAAGGAGAAGAAGAGGAAGAAGAGGAGGUGGAAGAAGAGAAAGACGUGGACGAAACCUGCCCACCUUUGCCUUCUUCUUCUCCUUCUUCUUCUUCUUCUUUUUCUACUUCCUCUUCUCUUGACACAUCUCUCCUCAGGAAUCUCUACAUUGCCCAAUUCUUGGCCAGAUGGGAUGCCAGGAUGUGGGAAUUCUGUGUGGGGCUGUACAUGAUCAAUCUUUGGCCCAGAUCUUUAGUCCUGGCAGCUGUUUACGGUGCUGUUGAAUCUGCUUCCACUGCACUUUUUGGUCCAACAAUCGGAGAAUGGGUUCAACGCCUCACUUACGUACAGGUCCUCCGGCUCUGGUUAGUGGCUCAGAAUCUCUCUUUCAUGGUUGCUGGUGGCACUGUCGUCGCCUUGUUCCUCUUUCCGACUCUCAAGUCCACAAACUUCACAGCCUUCAUCUCGCUGGUUGCAUUGGCCAACGCCUCUGGCGUCGUUGGCUCCCUUUCCACUCUUGCUGGCACCAUCUUGAUAGAAAGAGAAUGGGUAGUGGUGAUUUCGGAAGGCCAUCCUCCAGAUGUGCUAACAGAGACCAACUCAACCAUCAGACGGAUCGAUCUGACCUGCAAGCUUCUGGCACCAGUGGUUUCUGGUUUCAUCAUCAGCUUUGUAUCAUUAAAAGCAUCUGCCAUAACUUUAUCCUGCUGGAACAUUGCAGCAGUAGGGCUGGAAUACCUGUUCUUCAUGUCUGUGUAUAAAGGGAUCCCAGCUCUAGGCGAGAGUAACAACAAAAAGAGGGAUUCAAGAUUGUCGCCACCAAGAGGUGAUCCUCAUGGUGCAGGAUUUGAGAGUAAGGAAUGGAGAGCCAAAGUAUGUGAAUGGUUCUACAGCCUCAACUUCAUUAGCUCUUGGAGAGUGUACUUGAAACAAAGUACUUUGCUCCCUGGUGUAGCUCUUGCUUUGCUGUUUUUCACAGUCCUCAUCUUUGGCACCCUGAUGACAGCAACAUUAGAGUGGGAGGGAAUUCCUGCUUACCUAAUUGGGAUAGGUCGAGGUGUAAGCGCCAUCAUCGGAAUAUCUGCUACUUCUGUAUACCCAAUCAUGCAGUCUCGGCUUUCAACUCUCAGAACGGGACUUUGGUCUGUAUGGUAUCAGUGGGCUUGCCUUGUUGUAUGUGUGGGUGGAAUAUGGGUCCAUAGCCAGAAACUAUCUGCAUAUAUGCUCAUGGCUGGAGUCGCAACUUCUCGACUUGGCUUAUGGAUGUUUGACUUAUCCGUGGUCCAGCAAAUGCAGGAUCGUGUUGCUGAAUCUGAUCGUUGCAUUGUCGGAGGUGUUCAGAACUCUCUUCAAUCUGCUCUUGAUCUGCUGGGUUAUGUGAUGGGCAUAAUCAUCUCAGGCCCAAAGGAUUUCUGGAAGCUGAGUUUGAUAUCCUUCGCUGCUGUAACCAUGGCUGCCCUUCUGUAUAGCAUACAUACAUACCGGGUCCGAAAGCACCUCAUUCACUUUGAAAAGCUUAUUAUGCUGGCAAGACGGCAAAAAAGGUCGCCUGGAACUGCAUCAUCCACUGCGUGAAGAAAAGCUGAAAUGAGGGAAGCUUACUACGAUUUCAUCAAGCUCGCGACUUAAGACCCGCUAUAUUUGUGACGAAAAUAGCCAGAAGUUUGAUGAAUUGAACCGUGUACUCUGGCUCUCAGAAGUCAGCAACUUCUAUAAUUAUGAAUACAACAAUUACCCAUUUUGAAGGGGUUUAGAUGGUGAAGCCAUACUACAUCGUCAUUUUAACCUCCGGCUGCCUCUCUACAUUACAGUUGCAACUCCCAAGUGGAUUUGAGAAAAUAAACAACAGCCCGAACC